UUGUAGAUUUUGUUCUUUAACCCUUAACUACACGCGCUGGUGUACUUUGUACACCAAUAUUUUUGUUUAUCUUGUUCUAUUUUAGUUUUUAUUGGUUUUCAGUUAUUCUCCUAAUCUAACCUUUUCUUAUCUAAUAUGUAAUAGUUAUUAAUCCAUUUCAGUCGUCAUUUGAUGUUUGUAGCCGCACAAACAAGCUCCGUAUAAAAUAUUUUGGUAUCGGUGAACGAAAUACACCGCGCGUGUAAUAAUGUCAAAGCUUACGCCAAAUGAUGUGAAUGACAUAUUAGAUAUGGAAACGUCAGAAGAAGAAGUGGGAGGUGAUGAAGACGACAAUGAAGUAAGAAUAGUAAAUAAUAGUGAUCAUGACAGUAACUCGUGCUUGGAAUACAGUUCAUUUGAGGAUUCCGAUAGUGAUGAUGAUAAUAUUGAGCUUGAAUAUUUUAUCGGUAAAGAUAAAGCAACAAAAUGGUCUAAGACACCAUUGACAAGUAAAUUUGCUAAAACUAAAAAAAAAAAUAUAAUAAAUAUAAUACCUGGUUCAAAAUUUACAACUGAAGAAAUUCAAAAUGAAGUCGGGGCUUUCCACAUAAUAUUUUCAGACAAAUGGUUGAUGAAUUAUUCAUUACACCAUAUGUAUAUUUCGACAGUUCAAAAAACUAUAAAGAGAUAG